ACACGUGCCAUCGCGAAGAACUUUCCAAGGUCUCUCUCUCUCUCUCUCUCUCUGUGUUUAGUCUCUGUGGUUUGCAAAUGCCGUUAUCGGGAACCCUUGUGGAGUAUAGGCCGCCGAUCGCAAUUCCGUCUCUUCCAAGUAGACAGGGUUGUAAUUGUAGAAGCUUCAAUAUUGACAAGGGUGUGAAUUUAGCUAGCAGAAAAAGCGUAGCAUUGAACGUAUCCAGAAAUCUUGAUAUUGCGACAAAUUCAGUUUCCGGAAAUAGCGAUGCUUCCGUCGGGUUUGAUGUUCCGUUUCCCGGUGAUUACUCUGAACUUCUUGAACAAGCUAAAGGAGCAACUGAAUUGGCUUUGAAGGAUAACAAACAGCUGAUGUCUUGGUCACAGGAGAUUGAAUUCCCAACUGCUGGACUCGAAUCUGUACCAGGUGAUGGUGAAGGUGGUAUAGAAAUGACUGGAAGUAUGCAAUUGAUUCGUGAGUUCUGCGACCUCCUCAUCAGUCCAGAAAAAGCUACGCGGACCAGAAUAUUUUUUCCAGAGGCUAAUGAGGUUAAAUUUGCAAGAAAUUUAGCUUUUGGAGGAGCUUCAUUUAAGUUGGACUAUCUGACGAAACCUUCUCUGUUUGAGGAUUUUGGAUUUGUCUCAAAAGUUAAAAUGGCUGACCGUGUGAAGCAAGGAGAUGAACUCUUCCUAGUUGCCUAUCCAUAUUUUAAUGUCAACGAGAUGCUUGUGGUGGAAGAGCUUUAUAAUGAAGCUGUUGCAAAUACGAUCCGGAAACUGAUUAUAUUCAAUGGGGAACUUGACCGCAUCAGAUCAGGGUAUUAUCCAUCAUUCUUUUAUCCAAAGCUUGCUGCACUUUCUAAGACGCUCUUUCCAAAGAUGGAGACCGUGUAUUACAUUCACAAUUUCAAAGGAUUCAAAGGAGGAACUCUUUUCAGGUGCUAUCCUGGUAACUGGAAGGUGCUUAGAAAAGUAAGGGGCAAAUAUGUUUGCUUACAUGAGCAGGAAGAAAUGCCAUCCCUCAAGGAAGUUGCCUUGGAUAUUCUUCCAUCAGCCUGAACUGCCACUAAGAAGGUCCACGGCCACA